GUUCAGGACUGCUGUGUGAGGAUCGGGGCUCAGAGAGCGGAGACAGACGACCAAAUACAGGAUGAGGACUCUGGCGUUGGUGCUGCUGGUUUCGGCCUUUACAUUUGCAACUGCGAUAAAGCCUAGAAGUCAGUUCACACGUUACCGCUCAUGGAACUCGCGGAUGUAUCCGGUGUGGAAAGAUGGAGACUCAAGAUUCAGGAACUGCUGGUUUGGUGGUGAAGUGACUUUUCAUCUGAAAAAUGAUGCACCCACACUGACAGGAGCAAGAGCAACCUUCAAUAUUAACCUUAACUUCCCACCAAACCAGACAACGCUCUCUGAUGGGCAGGUGGUCUGGGCGCAGAACUGCACCAUUAAUGGACAACGGUACCAGGAAGGCCAGGCUGUGUAUCCUGAUCAGGAAACCCAGUCAACUGGAGUUUUCCCUGAUGGUACACCGUUCACCAGGAGCCAGAAUAAGAAACCCCACUACGUGUUUGUGUGGAAGGCUUGGGGUCGUUACUGGCAGGUGGCAGACGGACCAUCCUCCUCCCUCACUAUCGGUACAGACAACCUCCCCCUGGGCUCCUACAACAUGGAGGUUGUCAUCUAUCACUGCCGUGGCAAAGACAUGUUUAUCCCUCUUGGCUAUGCCUCCACAGUUUUCACCAUCACAGACCAGAUUCCCUUCACCAUAUCCCUUGCUCAAGUCAAUGAUGUAAACCAGGACGACCAGAACUUCAUCCAGAACCGAGCCAUUGCUUUCAGCGUCAAGCUCCAUGAUCCCAGCCAGUACCUCAACAGUGCCGACAUCAGCUUCAGCUGGGACUUUGGUGACAGCACUGGCACUCUGAUCUCCAGAGACCUCACCGUCACACACACAUACCUCGCAGUCGGGACCUUCAAACCUCAGGUGGUUCUGAUGGCAAGCAUCCCCAACGGCUGCGGAAACCCCACUGCUGUUGUUCCUAUUGAUGCCUCUGCUGCUCCAGCAGUAGUUGUGAUAGCCUCCACCCUUGCCGCUGUCCCGGCAACACCGGCCGAAGGAGGAGAUGCAAUUUCUCUGGACGUUCCUGCUUCUGACGCCACUCCACUCGCUGUUUCUGAGCAGCCAGCUGAUGCAGAGAAUGGAGAAGCCGUUGUUAAUACCGACACUGAAGCAGUAGAGGUUGCCUCAGUAGCGCCUGCAGGAGUUGACGCAGCUGUUGUUACAGAAGAACAAGAUCCUGCCGACAUUGCAGCUGAAGCAGAUGUUGCCGAUGCAGCAGCAGAUGAGGUGGCCACUACUGCCCCGGUUGCAGUUGAAGAGCCAGCAGAUGCUGAUACAGCUGCUGCCAAUGCUGCUGCAGCUGUUGCAGAUGCUGAUCAAGUUGCUGCAGACGCUGAUACAGCUGCUGUAGAUGCUGCAGAUGCUGAUCCAGUUGCUGGAGAUGAAACUGCAGUGGUUACAGAUGCAACUGAAGAAAAUGCACCUGUUAUUGAUGCUGCAGCUUCAGUUGCACCUGUUGCAGAGGGAGAUGCGGCUGCAGUUGAGGCCACUGUCACUGUUGCUCCUGCAGCAGAAGUAUCUGUUGAGCAAGAAGCUGACGGUGUGGCUGCUGAUGCUGAUGCUGAUGUUACUGCUGCUGAGGCUGUUGAAGCAACGGCUGAUGCUGCUGCUACAGAGGUUGUCCAAGCUGAAACAGAAGCCCCUGCUGAUAACGUUGUGGCUCCUGCUGCCACUGAGACCACAGCUGUAGAAGAGGCAGCACCAGCUGAUGAUACAGAGGCUGAAGUUCAAGCAACUGAGAAUGCAGUUGCAGCUACUGUGGCUCCUGCAGAGCAACCAGCAGGCGUUGAAGAAGCCGUUGCAGCUGAAGAUGAAGUUCAAGCAGAGGUGGAAACAGAUCCAGCACAGGUUGCCCUUGUUGUGGUUAAAAGACAAGCACCAGAGCUAACGGCUGACUGCAUGGUCUACCGUUAUGGCUCCCUUGCCACCUCUGUAGCUGUUGUCCAGGGUAUUGAAAGUGUAGAGAUUGUACAGGUAACCAACGUUGUAGCCUUGGCAACUGAGUUGGCUCAGAAUGCUGUGGACCUCACCAUUACCUGUCAGGGAAGUCUGCCAAGUGAGGUCUGCACAGUUAUUUCAGAUGCUGACUGUAUCACGCCGAUGGAAACUGUCUGCAGUGCAGCGACACCCUCUCCAGACUGUCAAAUUAUCCUUCGUCAGUUCUUCAAUGACUCUGGAGUAUUUUGCAUCAAUGUCUCCUUGACCAAUGAUGUCAGUCUUGCUGUGGCAAGUGCAAGAGUCAGUGUAACAGUAGCCUCCGGUGGUUCCCCAGGUGGAACAGCAGCCACAGUCUUGGGUGUUAUGGUUCUCGCCUGUGUUGUCUGUUGUAUUGGUUUGAUGUACAGGCGGUUCAAGCAGUACCAACCACUAAGAGAAGACCAUGGUGACGGUAAUGGAGGCAGCUCGGCGGUGACAUCAGUGCCUUUGUUAUUGUGGAACUUGCUGAGCCGACAGUCACCAGGAGAGAGUCGACCACUGCUUCAGGGGAGGAUUGUUUAAAUAUCAUCAUCAGCUCAUGCACUCAACGUUUACAACAUCCGUAAAAACAUUGAAUUUAUACACAUAAUACAAUAUUAUAAUUCCUGCUCAAUGUAUUAAACCUUAACUAAUUAAGUGAACUAGUCCUGUGUACAACAUGUGCAGAAAUAGAAAGGAGUCAAGUGUGGAAGAAAGAAGUAUCAUAAGAAUGUUAAAACAUUUGUAGAGAAAAGUGAUAUUUAUUUUUGACCUACAUAUUUUGUAUUAAUUAG